AUGUUCCACGGGGAACGGGCUCCUCUUUCAACCAGUGGAGACGGUCUAGUCCCCGUUAACCGCACGAGGUCAUACGGCAGUCUUGUACAAUCCAACCUUUCUCCGGUACGACAAAGACGAAUUGAACACCUAGUUCAACCAGGAGAGACGCUGCAAGGACUCGCGUUGAAAUAUGGAGUAUCCAUGGAACAAAUCAAAAGAGCAAAUAGACUGUACACGAAUGACUCGAUAUUCGUAAAGAAGUCUCUUUCUAUCCCUGUGCUGUCAGACUACAACAGUGAUGCUAAUAGUGGGGUAGAUGUGACUGAGGAGGACUCAGGCCAGGUACAGGACAGUACAAGUACAGAAGGCUCUACUCAAAAUGGGAAGCCAGUGAACAACUCUGAAAAGACACAAGAAGGCAUAUCAGAACUUUCUCCAAUGAAUUUCUUAAAAAGGAUGGAUCGUAUGAUCAGCCAGUCCAAGCAAGCUGUGAAAAGAUGCCAAGAGGGAGAAAAACGAUUGACAUCUUUGGAAGCUUGUACCACAAGCAAGACAACAGACCGUCGAUUUACAAGGUCAAACAGUGCCACGGUCGUCACCUCUCCCAGAAUGCAUCAGCAAGCCAUACAUGGUGCAUUGCCCCUCACCAUCACCAAAUGCACCAAGAAACUGAGAGAACGAGAGGAUGAGAUCUUUGAGUUGUGAUUUCAUUGCCUCUGUCAGGCAGAUCAUGGGACACAUGUACUAAUGCAUAAAUCAAAGGGAUUGGCCGCCAAGCUAAUCUGGCAAAACAGAUUUAGGAGAGUUCUUAUUUUCACUAACGAGUAACCUGCUGCUCUAUGGACUUGGUACUUGAAAGUUGGUCGUUAGCACUGUUGAUAUAAUUGUUUUGCUGGGAGAAUGAGUUUCAUUUUGACAAUACACUACUGGUCAAAAGUUUUAGAACACCUACUCAUUCAAUGGUUUUCUUUAUUUUGACUAUUUUCUCCAUUUGUAGUGAAGACAUAAAUUAUAAAAUAAAACAUAUGGAAUCAUGUAGUAAACAAAUCAAAAUAUAUUAUAUAUUUUAGGUUCUUCAAAGUAGCCACCCUUUGCCUUAAUGACAGCUCUGCACACUCUUGGCAUUCUCUCAACCAGCUUCAUGAGGAAUGCUUUUCCAACAAUCUUGAAGGAGUUCCCACAUACGCUGAGCACUUGUUUGCUGCUUUUCCUUCACUCUGCAGUCCGACUCAUCUCAAUUUGGUUGAUGUCGGGGCAUUGUGGAGGCCAGGUCAUCUGCACUCCAUCACUUAUUGGUAAAAUAGCCCUUACUCAGCCUGGAGGUGUGUUGGGUCAUUGUUCUGUUGGAAAACAAAUGAUAGUCCCACUUAGCCCAAACCAGAUGGGAUGGAAUAUCGCUGCAGAAUGCUGUGGUAGCCAAGCUGGUUAAGGGUGCCUUGAAAUCGAAAUAAAUCACAGUACCACCAGCAAAGCACCAUAACACCUCCAUGCUUUACGGCAGGAAUUGCACAAGCAGAGAUCAUCCGUUCACCCACACCUCGUCUCACAAAGACAUGGCGGUUGGAAUCAAAAAUUUGGACUCCAGAACAAAGGACAGAUUUCUACCGGUCUAAUGUCCAUUGCUCGUAUUUCUUGGCCCCAGAAAAUCUCUUAUUAUUAUUGGUGUACUUUAGUAGUGGUUUCUAUGUAUCAAUUCAACCAUGAAGGCCUGACUCACCCAGUCUCCUCUGAACAGUUGAUGUUGAGAUGUGUCUGUUACUUGAACUCUGAAGCAUUUAUUUGGACUGCAAUUUCUGAGGCUGGUUACUCAACUGAACUUGUCCUCUGCAGCAGAGGUAACUCUGGGUCUUCCAUUCCUGUGACAAUCCUCAUGAGAGCCAGGUUCAUCAUAACGCUCUAUGGUUUUUGCGACUGCACUUGAAGUAACUUUCAAAGUUCUUGAAAUGUUCCGUAUUGACUGACCUCCAUGUCUUACAGUAAUGAUGGAUUGUCGUUUCUCUUUGCUAUUUGAACUGUUCUUGCCAUAAUAUAGACUUGGUAUUUUACCAAAUAGGGCUAUCUUCUGUAUACCACCCCUACCUUGUCAAAACACAACUGAUUGGCUCAAACGCAUUAAGAAGGAAAGAAAUUCCACAAAUUAACUUUUAAGAAGGCACACCUGUUAAUGCAUUCUAGGUGACUACCUCAUGACGCUGGUUGAGAGAAUGCCAAUAGUGUGCAAAGCUGUCAUCAAGGCAAAGGGUGGCUAUUUGAAGAAUCUCAAAUAUAAAAUAUAUUUUGAUAUCUUUAACCAUUUGUUUGAUUACUAAAUGAUAUGUUAUUUCAUAGUUUUGAUGUCUUCACUACAAUGUAGAAAAUAGUGAAAGUAGAGAAAAACCCUUGAAUGAGUAGGUGUUCUUAUACACUACCGGUCAAAAGUUUUAGAAGACUUCUUAUUAAAUAAUGAACUAUUUCCAAGUUAUUUCAAGAUGUAGUACAUUGAUUACGUAUUUUAUAUUAGCCAUGUCCAGAACAGCAAUGGUCGUCCGUUUACUACACAAGACGAGAGUCAGAAUGUGGCACUUUGGAGUUGUGUUUGUAUGUUAGUGUGAUCUUGUAACUCUCCAAGUUAUGUUUGGCCACAGGCGCAAGAUCAUGUGAGUUAUGCUUCCUCGUCGUGUCUUAUGCAAUGUCAGAAAUGUGAAAAAUAUGCAAGUCUUGGAGAACAAUAGAAGUUGACUCUAAAAAAUAUAUUUAUUAUUGAAACCAAUGUGAGUUGGUAUAGCCUAGUCUUCAUUGGGUGUUUGUUACAAUUAUGCAUUGGUGUACAUAUUUAUUUUUAGAAGAAUACUGAGCAAUUGCACUUUCUUUUUCUAAUCUUGGCACUAGGUUGUAGGCAGUGGUAAGGUUGUAUGUAUUGUAUUGUUAACACUGAAUUAGCCAUACUCAAUUAAAGUGUGAAACUUG